CCUCUUUUUCAUGGAGUUUCCCACGCGAAAGGCGUAAGUUCUAGGCAUCCUUUCUGGCUGACUUUGUUAUGAAAUCUCAUGAUAGCACUGACCAGACUCACAAAUAUACUUCACAGGCUGUUACAACUACUUCGGAACUCUAAAUUGAAUUAACUACAAUGGAUCUCGGUCGACGCCAGUUUGUGGUUGCUUUGAUUUUCCUAUUUUCAGCAGCAACCGCAUUAGAAAACGUCGUCGAUGUUGUGGAUGCCCAGUGUUGCUCAACCAUCGACACGUCCCGCAACAUGGGUGUGUAUGGAUCGAGGUGUCCAACUCCCCAACUGCAGAUGGAGUGUGGGUCACGAGGGUGCUGCGUUGCGACAAACCAGUCAACCGAGGACACGGUCGCGGAGGCAUACCAGCCUUACCAUUGCAUCUAUUCUGAUGACGUCAUAGAACCAUGGAAUGUAUGCGAUCGUACCAUAAAUUGUCCUCGAGGAGAUGAUGAAAUGUAUUGUGGAACGUACACCUGUGCUUCGGCCAUUGUUGAUGGGCCAUCGUCUGAUAUCCAGAUUCCUUGUCCAAGCUCCAACACCUGCUACCGGCCCACUGGAUCAUGUAUCAGCAGCCAACAGUGCCCUAAUGACACGAAUACUGCAGCUGACCUUUGCGUUCAGCCAUGUCCAUCGUCAUGUUUUUGUGACACUCUCGCCAUGAUCUGCACGGCCAAUAUCGAGCAAGGAGCUGCAGGAGACCCACUGAUACAUUCUCGCUUGAUACAGUUUGCCCUUGGAGAUUUUACAGGAAACCUUAUUAUCAGCAAUGUAUCAGGUAGCUCAAAUAAUGGAUCCAUCCUUCUGUUGAAUCCGUCCGACAUUAUCUACGUAAACACUUUGGUUGUUACGUCUCCUCAUAAUACAAUAGACCAACCUACAACAUACAACUUUAAUCUUGAGAUCGAGGAUGAUGCGUUUUCAUAUAAUUCAUUUCUUCACACAUUGGUUCUGACGGGAAGUUCGCUGGAGACCGUUACCACUUCCAUGUUUACUGGGCUUUCUUCUUUAGAAUACUUAAAUCUGGAUCGCAAUUCUAUUCGGAAUAUAUCGGCCAAUUCAUUUGCCCCUUUGAUAAAAUUGAAAACCUUGUCGCUGGGUAUCAACCACUUAACCGUUAUCGAAGUCGGCGCAUUUGACGGUUUAAUCGAUCUGAGGUCAUUAAAUCUUGAUGAAAAUCCCAUUGUUGUAAUCGAGCCGGGAGCAUUUUUUGAUUUGAUUCAACUCAGAAUUUUGUUUCUGUUUACAGAUGAAGUGGAGGAAUUUCCUGUAGAGAUAUUCGAAGGCUUAGAGGGACUUCAGGCUAUGCACGUUACCGACUUCCGUCUCUGUUGUCGUAUAAAAGAUCUUGCGCAAUGCGUGGACUACGAGCCGGUGCGAUUUUCCUCAUGCACCGGUCUUCUCGAAUACCGUGUUCUUGGCUAUUUCAUGUGGAUCCUUGGUGCUGCGGCCUUCUUCGGUAACGCGUUUGUCCUGGUGAUGCGACUGCGGUCUCUGAGAAACCAAAAGAGAGCAAAGAAGACGGUUCAAAUUCAGUCGAUUCUGAUCAUGAACCUCGCCAUGGCCGACCUACUGACGGGACUAUAUAUGCUCAUUUUGGCAGCUGCAGAUACGUUUUUCGGGGCCGAGUACUUCGUGCAUGCAAGAAACUGGCGGGAAGGGUUACCAUGUAAGCUUAUCGGUGUGAUAGCUUUGAUGUCUGGCGAAGCUUCCGUGCUCAUCCUCGCUCUCAUUAGCAUCGAUCGUCUUCUCGUUAUCGUCUUCCCAUUUGGACGCGUCCACCUUUCCCUCGUGUCCGUAAAAGUAUGGACCGCCAUAAUCUGGAUCAUGUCCAUUAUCUUUGGCAUUCUGCCUCCGAUUUUAACCUCUGUUUUGAAUAAAAACACAGUGGGCUAUUUCUACAUCUACUCUGACGUCUGCCUUGGUCUGCCACUUGUUCGCAGCACCAAUCUUGAAAUAGAUUUCAACGAGUAUGAUUAUGAAACGCAAGAAGUCGACUUCACCUUUCGUAACGUAUCAGACGGCAAAUAUGCGUAUUACGCCAUCAUUAUAUUCAUCGGUUUAAAUCUGCUCUGUUUUCUAACUAUCCUCUGCUCCUAUGUCGCCAUCUUUGUUUACGCUCGCAGAACAUCUCGGAGGGUUCACCGCUCCCCGGAGAGAGAGCAAGAAUUGCGUCUCGCCGCGCGCAUGGCCAUUAUAGUUGGUACUGACUUUUGCUGUUGGAUGCCGAUCAUCAUCCUUGGCAUACUGGCUCAAGCGGGAGCGGUCCCGGUGUCGACGGAAAUGUAUGCUUGGUGUGUGGUUUUCAUCAUACCAAUUAAUUCGGCAGUAAACCCUUUCCUUUACACCUUCGGAGGUGCAUGCACCGAGAGACAGAGAGCUCAUAGUAGCUCUUCAACUCCGGUUGCAUCAAAUUCUGAUCAGGGAUCGAAGGGAACAAAAUUAUCUCUCCUUUAAUAAAACAAUUGGGAAACUGUUCAUAGAUUAUGAUUCGAUGGCUGAAUUUACAAUUCAAUUAGGAACAGACCAAGGGGAGGCCAACAUAGUGAGAAUCAGAUUCUGAAGGUCUACAUCUGUCAUAAUGCGGACGCAUAUCAAUAAAAUUAUACCGAAUAUAUAAAUGACUGAUGGAAGUUUAUGCUGCUUUAGUACUGCUUCCAAAAUACAGACAUAUAUGGAUAUUCAAUAUUAUUUUUUUAACAAUGUAUUUUCAAAAUGUUAAGUAGGCCUAAUACAUUUUAAGUCUAUCCGAAUGAAUAAUAAUCGAUUUCAAGAGAUUCGUGAUUCCAACCCGUUGUCUUCUUGUAUAAAGGAAAUAGAUUUAACGAGAUUUUUUGGACAGGUCCGGUAUGACCCCUGCAAUUAUCAUUACCCCAGCUAUUGCCAGGUACCCAUAAACACCCGGGUGGCGAGUGGCAAAUGUGAAUUAAUGUCUUGCCAAGGGACAUUGGUGCCGGGCUGGGAUUCAAACCCUCAACCCCCGGAUCGAAAAUAAAGUGCACCAACCACUGUACCUCGAUACCUCCAUUUAUCAUGGAGCAUUUGUUAUUAACCCGCCGGCUUCUAAUUUUUUCAUUCCCAUAGGCUUAAUGCAUACGCCACCCGGCUCCAGUUUUCAAUGGGUUAAAUUGUGAAAGGUUGUGAGGGGAUGUUGUAAAAGCUUGUGAUUAUAUGAUGCAUUGUUAAUAUGCUUACGCCAGGUGGCUCUGGUAGCACAAGAGUCACCACUCCUCAAAACAAAUUAUGCGCUUAGUAUUUGUAUUUAUUUAGACACUCAGUUAAAACAUAAUUAUGUCUAGGGAUGUAGCAAAAGGUUUGGAAAAGCCGUUCACGGUUGUAUCUCUGAAAAAAAAAUUGAUAAAAAUAAAGAGAUCUUACUAGAAACGAAAUAAUAGAAAAUUUAGAGCCAACAGGCUCUUUAAUCUAUAUUCUUCCAUUUACAUGUUUAUGUGUGUUUGGUUGUGUGUGCGUGUGUGUGUGUGUGUGUGUGUUUCUCUAUCCGGGUCUCUCUUCCUCCCGAAUGUUUUCUGUCUCUCUUUCCUUCCUUUUUACACUCAAUACUCUCUCCAUUUUCUCUUCUCUCCACUUUUUCUUUGUUUCUUCUAUUCACUCUGUUCUCACUGUCCAGCUUAACCUGGCUGUCUUUUCCCUUCUCUUACCCGUACUCUUUUAACCCCUCCCAUCUUUCUCGUUAUCUUUCUGUAAAUCGUCCUCUCUCUCUCUCUCUACACCCUACUUCUUCAUUCUCUGUGAUUAUGCGUUGUUAUUUAUAAUUUUGUAUAAGCAUAGGCAUAUACUUUAUGAAAGAUCAAAUAAAUAAUUAAGCCGUAGUAAUUAUCUCAAUAUAACAUAUAUAAGGUUUUUUAAUGAUUCAUUACAGAAAGAAAAAAUAAAUAUACCCUGAAUGAACUUACAACUAAAACAUUUUUUGUGACAAACGUAGGCUAAG